CAUAGUUUCCUCGGCAGCCUUCGUGACUUUCCGGUCCUCUCCGUCUUCACUCGAGUCCUGUCGAUAGAGCUGAUUUUCUCUGUCGUCGUCUCCCUCGUCCUCCUCUCCGUGUUGUUGUUCUCGGUGACGCGACGGAGGUGUAGCCUGACGCGGUCUCUUACGUGUCGGUCUGAAUAAAAGUGGAGCUCCGUAGACCCGGGAGUGACGAAGCGAGUCUGUGUUGGUAAGAGGAUACGCAUCCGAUGUUUGCUAAACAGAUAGAUGACUGCCCAGAGAAGUUAUUUGUGCUUAAUAUCCGCACAAAGCCAACAAAGAGAUCAUGGCGGCCGUGUUGCAGAGGCUCACAAAAUGAGUCAGUCUCUGCAAGACUGCUGGCUCGCAACACAACUGAGACAUAGAUUUUAAAUGACCAUGGAGGCUGGUGCAGACACACAGCAAAGUGGUGAAACAGCUGUCUCGGAGUCUGAGGCCCAGCAGAUCACCCUGGCCCAGAUAGUGUGUGAUUAUGGGUUGCAGGCAUCCAUAGCAGCAGGCCAGGUGACUUCCAGCAGUCCCACAGUCACCCUAGUGCAGUUACCCAAUGGUCAGACAGUUCAAGUGCACGGGGUGAUCCAAACUGCCCAGCCCUCUGUCAUCCAGUCCCCACAAGUCCAGACUGUACAGAUUUCAACUGUUGCUGAGAGUGAGGACUCUCAGGAGUCUGUAGACAGCGUGACGGAUUCUCAGAAGAGGAGAGAGAUCCUGUCCAGACGACCUUCUUAUAGGAAGAUUCUGAAUGACUUAUCGUCAGAUGUUCCAGCGGUGCCUCGAAUUGAGGAAGAGAAGUCAGAGGAUGACUCAGCCCCUGCCAUCACCACAGUCACCAUGCCCACUCCCAUCUAUCAGACCAGCAGUGGCCAGUACAUUGCCAUUACCCAGGGUGGGGCCAUCCAGCUGGCCAAUAACGGGACAGAUGGAGUGCAGGGUCUGCAGACACUGACCAUGGCCAACGCUACUGCAGCCCAGCCUGGUGCCACCAUCCUGCAGUACGCCCAGACCAGCGAUGGGCAGCAGAUCCUAGUGCCCAGCAACCAAGUGGUUGUACAAGCCGCCUCUGGUGAUGUCCAGGCCUAUCAGAUCCGCACAGCCCCCACCAGCGCCAUCACUCCUGGGGUGGUCAUGGCGACUUCGCCUGCACUGGGCACAGGAGGAGGCACCGAGGAAGUCACGCGCAAAAGAGAGGUCCGACUUAUGAAAAACAGGGAGGCCGCUCGCGAGUGUCGCAGGAAGAAGAAGGAGUAUGUCAAGUGUCUUGAGAACCGUGUGGCUGUGCUGGAGAACCAGAACAAAACCCUCAUCGAGGAACUCAAAGCCCUCAAAGACUUGUACUGCCACAAAUCUGAGUAGAAACGUCACCAAAUGCCUGCCUGGGGCUCGACAGGUGCCCGCCUGUCCCCAUGUACAGAGACUCCGCACAGAGCCAUGCAUCUGGAUGCCACUCCCCCUUUUCUACUCUAUAGCUUUCUUUUUAAAAACUGCUGAAAAAUGUGUAAAGUGACUCACCAGGAAUAGAAAAAAUACACCCUCCCACUUCAGCGAUUUGAAAUCGUAAUUCUGUUCCCAUCAGUUUCCCAUGAAAGGGUGAGACAAUGUUAAGAACGGAUGUGGAGGAGACUACAACUAAACAGGGUCCUUGUGGCGAAGUGAUAAAACAGACAGUGAGGCUGUUCUUGUUUUGACGCCACCAAAGGGAAGCAUUCCAGUCACUGGUGCCUGGACGAACUGGGCAACAUCACCAGCAGCGGGGAACUGCUCAAUUACCAUCACCACUAACGACAAAACUUUUUACAGUUUAAUCUCCCCGAGGCACUUGGAUCAUUUUGGAGAGGUUACCUUUGUGUGCAACGUUUGUAAUUGUAACUGCGCUCUUUACAUCGGUUACUUACUAAUGCUUUGAACUGUAGAUGGGCUGUGUCAUGGACAUUUUAUCUUUUUAGCUAUGUUUUGGUUUAUUAUGUAUUGGACUAUCUGCUUGCAUAAUACCAUUGACUUUUUUUACUUUAAUUUACUUUGCCUUGAUACAACAUGAACAAAAAAGCUAACCAUUACGUUGGGUUGUAAAAUGGUUUUCAUGUUAAAUGCAGCUUUAAAAACACAUGAUGAAGAGAGGCUGUUGUUAAAAUCUCUCAAGUGGAACAUUUAUUGUUACAGAACUCUUCAAGUUGGGUCUCUGAUGCAUGUUCCCAAUCAUAUUACUAAGGCUCAUUGUUUUUGUUUGUAUUUCUACCAGUCUUAACAAAAACAUAUAAACAUAUUAGAAACAUAUAAAUCACCAUAGUUUACAGUAAAUAGGGUCUUCCGUGGCAUAAAAUGCCUCCAUUGAUAUAAAUUAAGGAAAAUGGGAAUAAAAUGCGAAUGAGCUGCUGCUCGUGUGUAUGUAAUGUAAACACAAAAUGGUUAAACUACAGUGUUAGUGCUAAAAGUGGCAUUUAAAAAAAAUAAAAUGUUACAGAUUUUUCAAUCCAAAUGUUUUUUAUUCAUUUUAUUAAUUGCUGGAUUAUUUUUGAAUACAAACCAAAAUAAUGAGCCUUACUUGUUUUGCAAUGAAAGAAAUACUUUGUCUGCAUAUUUGUAAACAAAUUUUGGAGACACAUGGCCAUCACUGGAAUCAAGAAUUGCCUCGUAUGUUGGUGUAUUAUACUGUUUUUGAUCGUGUAAUGUCCCCACCUUUUUGUUAUUGAAAAAGUUUGAAUUAAUUCUGUGUAAGUGAAGAGAAAAAAAAACACAAUUCCUGCAGGUGGAGGUUGAUAAGUUUCUAAUAAGAAUCUGAGCUACCAGGACCCCUCUAUGUAGUGCCGUCCACGGCUGUUAAGGCAUCAGCAGAGGCUGUCUCCAAAUUCUGUUUACAGGAUUACAAAGUGGCAUGUGCACUUUCCUUGCAUACACAAUCCUACCACAUUUCACACGAUUUAACAGGAACAUCUCAUGCAGAGCUAACAGGCAAACCCUGCUGCUGCAAGUGAGUGUCCAUGAGUGUUUUGUUGCUUUGUGAUUUAGAAGGCAUCAUCAUGCAUUUGAUUAGACGUUAUUAGUUGUGUGGAGCGUCAAAUCGAAGUACGAAUCGAUUGCACCUAUCAGACAUCCUGCAAAAGGAUUGUAAAGUGCAACCAAAUCAAAAGGACAAUGACGUCACAGUGAACAAAAUGGAUAUUUUCAUGAUAAUAGAAUGCCAUAUUGUAUUACUUUAGGUAUUAAGUAUUGUCAUGACAUAGUAUGCUUUUUUUUUAUGUUGCUUUACAUCAAUUUUGUAUUCACAAUUUCUAAAUGUCAGCACCAACUUGUAUAAUACAGUGCAUUAUGUUAGAGCUAUUCAAAUAUUACAUUUUUGGCAGCUGUUAAUAAAUGUGUUUCUGGUAA